GGCAGUGAGUUGGUGCUGUGAGUGACCUUUGGGUCUGUGGCAGUGGUUGUGAGUCUGUGAUGAUGGCUCUCCUCAGAGGUGUGUUCAUUGUUGCCGCUAAACGAACGCCGUUCGGGGCCUAUGGUGGGCUGCUGAAGGACCACAGCGCCACUGAUCUGGCCAUGAUGGCAGCCAAGGCCGCUCUGGUCUCCGGCAACGUCAACCCUGAGCUGGUGGACAGCAUCAUUGUCGGCAACGUCAUGCAGAGUUCCUCCGACGCUGCGUACAUUGCCAGACAUGUUGGCCUCCGUAUUGGGGUUCCUAUCCCAGUGCCCGCCCUGACCGUCAACCGUCUAUGUGGCUCCGGCUUCCAGUCCAUCAUCAACGGAGCCCAGGAAAUCUGCCUGAAAGAAUCAGAGAUUGUGCUGUGCGGAGGGUCUGAGAGUAUGAGCCAGGCUCCGUACGCUGUCCGUAACAUCCGGUUUGGCACAAAGUUUGGGGUUGACCUCAAGAUGGAAGACACGUUGUGGGCAGGGCUGACUGACUUGCACAUUAAAACUCCCAUGGGUGUCACUGCCGAGAACCUGGCAGAGAAAUACCAGAUCAGCAGAGAGGAGUGUGACCAGUAUGCACUGAAGACACAGCAAAGGUGGAAAACUGCUCACGACGCCGGCUACUUCCAGGAGGAGAUGGCUCCGGUCGAGAUCAAAGUGAAGAAAGCCACCCAGUCGCUCGCGCAGGACGAGCACCCGCGGCCCCAGACCACGGCCGAGCAGAUGGCUAAACUCCCCCCGGUGUUCAAGAAAGAGGGGACCGUCACCGCGGCCAACGCUUCCGGAGUGUGUGACGGGGCUGGGGCGGUGAUUGUGGCCAGUGAGGAGGCUCUACAACAGCACAACCUGACGCCUCUGGCCAGGAUAGUGAGCUAUCACGUGUCUGGGUGUGACCCAAACAUCAUGGGAAUCGGCCCGGUGCCUGCUAUCAACGGGGCCUUGAAGAAGGCAGGAAUGUCCCUGAAGGACAUGGAUCUGGUGGAGGUAAAUGAAGCCUUUGCUGCUCAGUUUCUGUCCGUACAGAAGGCUUUGCAGUUGGACCCAGAAAAGACCAAUGUUAACGGUGGGGCUAUAGCACUCGGCCACCCACUGGGGGCAUCAGGGACUCGGAUCACAGCACAUCUGGUUCAUGAGCUCAGGCGCCGUGGGGGGAAAUACGCAGUGGGGUCCGCCUGCAUCGGAGGUGGGCAAGGGAUCGCCGUCCUCAUCGAGAAUGUGAAGUGACGACGGAGAGAAGAUUAGACAACCCGGGGCAUCAGGACCGUUCCAGCCAAACUGCAGGAUCGGAAGGACCUCUCGUCAUUCCCUGUGCUGGGUGGGGAUCGCUCUCUUCCUUAAAAACCUUCCCCCCCCCCCCAUCCAAACAAGAACAAAAGGUUAACAUUCUCGCAUUCAAUUCCCUGGCAUUCUGUCCCCAUCCCCCUGCCAUGUUGACUGGAUUGAAGCAAAGCAUGGUACCUAGUAUUCACUCGUGGGCAGUGGCUAGUGAUUGAGUCUUCUAGCUUCCUCCCCCACACCCCCCUUUUGUGUGCAACAAAUUAGGAAGGUAUUCAGUGAAACUAGCUGAGUUGAGAGAAGCCUGGGUCUGGGCGGGGGGUGGGAGAGAGGUGAGUC